AUGUCCUUAUUGUUGACCAUGGGCCCAAAUUCAAUCACAGAUAUUCAGCUACCACCAUGCAGCACAGACACCCCAGCAGCAGCCCCAGAGACACCAAGCCAAGCGGACGAGGCAGCAAGUCACAGCAAACUGCGUGUCCCCAGUUGGAAGCACAUCACCAAAGACAAAGCCACCUUCCGAGUCGUCCUCGACAUGAGAAAUAAUUUCAAAGGAACGAAAGACUUCAGCGAUAUUCCCAGAAACAUGAGUCGAUUAGUACGCUACGAUGAAGGAAAAUGGUUCACAGCUGAAAAAGAUGGCUCUUUUCACCUGUACAACGCCUUUAAGAAUGGAAAAACCGGAGAUCCUCGCCAACACAAAAUCUCAAUUCUGGGACUCGUGCUCUCCUUCAAUCAAAACACCGGAGGACUGUCUCUUCUGUCACAUGAUCUCGACGCGUCAAGAGAGUUCUUCCCAGACCUCCAUGAUUCACUAGCUGGACGAGAGCUAGGCCGAGCUGUUUCAGACUUCAGCGUAUUAGCAGACAGGCGUGAAACCUUACAAGAUCCCCCAUGUAAUGUAAAAUGGUCAAAUGCGCUUCGAUUCGAUCCCACUGAAACAAAAGGAAAGUGUCUUCACUUCACCGCUUCCAGUGAGGGGGACAUUUUUGUGGUGUUUGCAACGUUGCCAGUCGACAAGACCUCUUGGUAUUACAUUGAAAUCACGCCACAGAAAGUGGCCAUUUAUAAGGGAUUCGAACUCAAAACCUCCACAACAAAUAUCAACGCGCGGGGUCUGGGCGACCCAUCCUUGCUUCAAUCUUACUUUGUUUGCGUCACUGAGUCCAAAUCAAGCACGCUUAUUGAAUAUGGAAAAACACUGGGAACUACACAAAGUGGUGAUGUCUACCUUAACAUGUUAGACCUCGACAAGCCACUGAAUGCGCGCUUUUACGCAUUUGGGAAUGGGAACAAGGAAGCUGAUGUCAUCGACGCACAUAUAGUAGCACGUGAUCAAACAAAAGCCGAGUGUAAAGGUGACACGUUCAUGGACCUAACCAGCAAGCUUUGCACGCAGCAUUGUCACGAAGACUGUGAUCCCUUAUAUGGUUGCAACACACAGUCAUCAGGGAAUCCAUUACCAACGGAAUGUAAUGUAUGCCGAGUAGCAAAGGACAAAACGACCGGCAGCUGCCUUCCAGAGUGCCCCCCGGAAAAAUACCUUACAGCUGAUAAGCUGUGUCUCGACCUGAGUGGUAUACGGCGGAAAGUGUAUAAAGAAAGGAAAAUAAUUUCUCAGCUGUAUUUGCAGUUAAAACAAUUGCAACGAAGCCUGGCAAAAAAAGAUUGCCAAAUAAAAGGAGAAAAGCAACAGAACUACAUCAUUCAAGCGUCAACCGCGAAUGCAACAUGGCUGCCGGUUGUAGGAUCUAUCUUUGCCCACCUACUACUAGCUACUACUACACCAGUUAGCGGGUUGCAGGAAAACUUUGGGGCUACCUAUGAUAUGGAGUUUCCAGUCGUAGAUCAGCAAAGUGUGAAACGCGCUACAGCCAGGGAAGUACCUGAAUUACCAGCUUUCACGUUGUGUUUUUGGAUUCGCCUUCCUCGAGGUUACAAGAAGAAGUCUUUCCUCAUGUAUCCAAUAAUCGAAUACAGAGGCUCCGAAUCAUUGUACAUCGGCUUGGUAGGAGAAGAGACAGAUCUAAAAAUGGAUUUUAUCUUCGAUGGAGGAGGGAAACAAUUACCGCUGACUGCUUUGACGGACAAAAACUGGCACCAGAUUUGCAUCACGUGGGCAGGUCACAGUGGAGUGACGAUACACUACUUGGACGGCUUGCGCAAGGUCGCCGACACCCGUCUGAUCGGAUCCCUGGAGGGUGGGGGAGUGUUGACAAUCGGUCACUAUACAGAAUACCCUUAUCAAAUAACAGGCCUGAAUCUAUGGGACAAAGUCAUAGCUCCUGAAGAUAUUGCCGAGUUCUCCAAAGCGUGCGAGAAGGGCAAUGGAAAUGUCAAGGCUUGGGCAGAUUUUUACGAUCUGGCCAAGGCAGAGAACGUUAACUUGGUAACUCCUUCAGCUUGUCGUGUAAGCCAAGAGGGUGCUCAGUGACUGACUAAGCUGUUGUGUCCUAAAUAAUUAGAACAGCUUCUGAAUAAAGGUGUUCGCUGUUAACGUUUCU